AUGGCUCAAACACCUUCCAGUCGUUUUGCUUUUGGUCACCGGCUUAUGAGUUACCUCCCCACCCCGACACGUCCACCACAACGCAGUCGCCGUGCUGAGCAACCCACUGUAACGUUGGAGCUUCCUGAACUCGAUCUCUACCAUGACCGAGCCGAGAAGGCCUUAACAGAGACCAUCACGGCUUAUGGACAGUUGAACGGAGACGUCGACACAAAGCGAUGGAAGUCACUCCGGUCGAAGCGCGGCGUCCGGUUAUUUCGUGGCCACCCUUUCGUCGUCGGACACACACCACUACUAUGCGUUGGCACAUUGCAUGCCCGCUUCGAUGAUCUUCUCGAAGGUCUUUACUGCGACAACACGCAAGAAAUGCUGUUCAUGAACGCCACCACAUGUCCACGACUGGCUGAAAGCGCCGUACUGACCGUAGUGCAGAAGAGAGCAAGGAUGGAGCCAUACGCCUUCACGGGGAUCAAGUGGACGACGAUCAAGCUGACAAUGGCCAACAACCGAGAUUUGUGCUACUUCGACAAGAUGGGAAUGGUACGCCAAGCAACAGGGAAGCGGAUGGCGUACCACGUCAUGCAGUCCGUGGAGCUACCGGAAUAUCCUAACAAGAUGGCACACCAGCGCGCGCAUAUAUCGCUGUGCUAUGUGUUUGAGGAGUUGGAAGACGACUUGGUGGGUGUCUACAUGAAGGGGGACAUCGACGUUGGAACUCUGUCCUUCUUCGUGACCAAAGCGGUCUCGGACGUGCUGCUGGCGUUUGUCAAUGCGCUGGAGUGCACUCGUGCCAAGAAGCUCACUCUGAUGAUGACCGCCGCACGGCUCGGUGUCUGGCAAAGCAGCUCAUCGCUGAAGAACUGCGGUGUUUGCAAAAGCAGCCCCUCUUUCUUCGACAGCUUCACUGAAUGUGCAGGCUGUAACAAACCUGUCUGCAAGAAAUGCCGCUUCCGGGAGACCGUUCUCACCCGCGACACCAUGCCGGGCCACACGAAGCGAGCAGAUUUUUGCCGCCAUUGCUUUACGAAGAUGAACAUGCUCUCCACUGAGCAGCUCCGAAUCAAGGCACGAGAACAUGACGUACCGGCUGAGGAAGACACUCAGCAAGUGGAGACGAACGUGAUAGGCAGCGAGCGAUCGCUGAUGUCCUUCGUCCUCAAUAUCUCUACUCAGGUGAAGGGACUGAGCAACGACAGCGAGGUUCGUGCGUCCAAUUUGUCCUCGAUCGGCUGGGCUUCAUCAUCUGAUGAAGAAGGCGAAGAAGUUGACAUUGACAAUGAGAGCGAAGGCCGCGACGUGCUCAAGUCCAGUCGGUUGAAGACCACACCAAUGGUGAUCUAUGAGAAACCUCCGGCGAACGUGACACGGCGUAGUCGGAGCUCCACCACGUCGACAGCGUCUUCAUUCACUCAUGAGGAGGACGACUCGGAACAAUACCAGACUUCGCUCAUGGCCAAGCUCCAGAAGAUGUCGCAACAAGUUGAAGAAACUCUACUUUUUACUCGAGAACAAUCCGAAGUCGCGCGUUCGGUUCGCGAACGCACCCGCAGUAAUCGACUGCUUCAGGAGCGAUCUAGUAUCAGUAGCUCCUCCAGCCGCUUGUGAGUUCUAGCACGUUGAAGUUGAGUCUACUCGUUGUCAUUUACCAUCAAUCUAUGUCAAAUUUUGUCACACUCC